AUGUUUUGGCCGCUCGUCUUCACCCCAUUCUUGGCCAUCUCAGCAGCCAGCGAAGCGGGUAGAAUCCAGACUCUCUCACAUGAGGGUGAACCAGACCUGGCCUCAAUGGCUUUGGACGGGGAAGAGCUGACAGAUCAUCUCAACUCCCUGGUUGAGUUCCACGAAGUCAUCGUCACCAUUGAGCAAAUUACUGGCGCCCCCACCACUACUCGUCAUACACAAGAAAAGAGCAAAUUGCUCAGCAGUCUUGCUAGACCUAGAGGCUCCUUGCCAACUAACCAUCCGAGGCAUCGUCUCCUCGAUGCCCUCCAUGGAUUCACCAGAUACCAAGAGCGCCAAAAGACAGAGCUCGAUCGACUGAAAGGUCUCUACAAACAUGUUUCGAAAGCUCAGAAAUCGUUGCUAGAGCACCAUGUCAAGUACUCCCAGAAGUUCAACCGCAUCAACCACAUUCUAUCACAAAACCAGGCGCUCUGUGACCGUAUCGUCGAAAAUGCACUUAGAUUCUACGAAAUUGGAACUGAAGAGCUCCAAAAGCACAUCAAAAACACCGAAAGUACUGGGAAGAAAGCAGACAAAAUUGCAGUCUCGCAGUCCCUGAAACACAUUGUGCGUGAUUGGACAAAACCUGGAGCACAUGAGCGAGAUGGGCCUUUCCAAUGUCUUCUGAAAACUUUGGAGCAAAUGUUCCCGGGCCGAGAUUCAACCUCGGCUCCUAUCAAAGCACUCCUGCCAGGGGCUGGGUUGGGAAGACUUGGAUACGAUAUUGCCAACCUCGGAGGAUUCGACGUUACACUCAACGAGUGGUCCAUGUAUAUGAACGUGGCCUACCGUUUCCUGGAAUCCCACCGAGCCCGGCACACCGAAUCCCUCCACCCCUUCAUCGACGGAUGGUCGCACCACGCAACAGAAGCCGAUAUGCACCGGAAACUAUCCUUCCCAGACGUGGACAUCAACGCCAGCUCUGUGGUGAUGGUAGAGGGCGACUUCACCACAGCCUUCCAAAACCAGGCGGGAAACUACGAUGUCGUCGUGACGUACUUCUUCAUCGACACGGCGCGGAAUCUGAUGAGCUACUUCGACACCAUCAAGAAGGUGUUGAAACCAGGUGGUUACUGGAUCAACCUAGGUCCGCUUCUAUACGGCACAGGCCCGUUUGUUCAGCUGUCUCUGGAAGAGAUUGUGUUGGUCACCGAGGCGAUGGGAUUUCAAUACCUCGACACUGACGAAUCAUGUGGAGAUUUGACGUUGCCCGAUAGAAAGGUCAGGGGAAUGGAGGGUAUAUACGGCUUUGAUGAUAGGGCUCUGACUAAGAGUGCGUAUAAUGCCCAAUUUUGGGUCGCAAGGAGGUCCGAAAAGAUAUGAGGACUAAAGAUAUAUGAGAGGUGUUUGAUAUGUAAUACACACAUGGC